CAUUCAGCAGCCAGCCAACCCACCGGCCCGCAGACGGCAGGUACAGUGCGAGCCGGCGGCGCCGUGGCGGCAUGGGGGCGCCGAGCAGCCGCGCGGUGGCCUUGGGCGCGGCCUUCCUGCUGCUCCUCGUCGCGCUGCCCUCCGCCUUCCUCUACCUCACCUCCUCCGCCGCCCCCUCCGCCUCCCGCGCCGCGCUCCUCAACCUCAAGCCCUUCUCCGCGCGGUGCCCGCCCGCCGCGGCCCCGCCGCUCCGCGUCUUCAUGUACGACCUGCCCCCGCGCUUCCACGUCGCCAUGAUGGCGGCCAACGGCCCCAACGCGACGGCGGGGCUGUUCCCCGCGUGGCCGCCGUCGGCGGGCGGGAUCAGGCGGCAGCACAGCGUGGAGUACUGGAUGAUGGCGUCGCUGCAGGACGGGGGAGGCGGAGGGGGAGCGGGAUCGGGGAGGAGGGGGGCGGUCAGGGUGCGGGAUCCCGACGCCGCCGAGGCCUUCUUCGUGCCCUUCUUCUCCUCGCUCAGCUUCAACGUGCACGGCCGCAACAUGACCGACCCCGACACUGAGGCCGACCGCCUCCUGCAGGUUGAACUUAUGGAGAUUCUAUGGAAGUCUAAAUAUUGGCAACGAUCUGCAGGCCGUGACCACGUGAUUCCCAUGCAUCACCCUAAUGCUUUCAGAUUCCUGCGAAACAUGGUGAAUGCAUCUAUUCUUAUAGUUGCAGACUUUGGGAGAUACACAAAGGAACUGGCUUCCUUGAGGAAAGAUGUUGUGGCACCAUAUGUGCAUGUUGUGGGUUCCUUUGUUGAUGAUGAUGCACCUGAUCCAUUUGAGGCUCGUCAUACACUGCUUUUCUUUCGAGGCCGUACUGUCAGGAAAGAUGAAGGGAAGAUCCGGGCCAAACUUGCGAAGAUAUUAAAAGGAAAGGAUGGCGUGCGCUUUGAGAAUAGCUUUGCCACAGGCGACGGCAUUAAAAUAUCUACAGAAGGUAUGCGGUCAUCGAAGUUUUGUCUUCAUCCUGCUGGGGACACUCCUUCCUCGUGCCGCCUGUUUGAUGCCAUUGUCAGUCACUGUGUUCCUGUGAUUGUGAGCAGUCGCAUCGAGCUCCCUUUUGAAGAUGAGAUUGAUUACAGCGAAUUCUCCCUUUUCUUCUCAGUUGAAGAAGCUCUAAGACCUGAUUACUUGCUCAACCAGCUCAGGCAGAUCUCCAAAAAGAAGUGGGUUGAGAUGUGGUUGAAGCUAAAAAAUGUAUCUCACCACUAUGAGUUCCAGUAUCCCCCUAGGAAAGGUGAUGCUGUGAAUAUGAUAUGGCGGCAGGUGAGGCACAAAAUCCCUGCAGUUAACCUUGCUAUUCACAGGAAUAGAAGACUAAAAAUUCCAGACUGGUGGGGAUAAUAAUCUUUGAGUGGUGUACAUAUUACCAUAUCCACUGGUAAACCUGGUUAUUUUUGGUGCGUGAUCAUUCCUUGUGAACCAGUGCUCAUCAUAGGAUCCGAGGACCGAGCGCACAACUAUUCUCUGAUGGGAACUGACAUUAUCACCUCUUUUUUGGUUCAUUUUUUGACAGGAUAAGUAUUUUUUCCCCUGAAACUACAAAAUAGUGGGAACAAAUAUUAUUUAUAGUGAAGACUUACCUGACAAAUAGGAUAUCUGUAUCUUCUUUGUACUAGCAUACUGAAAGUUGCAAUAUAUUCCUGGUGCUGGUAGAUAUACCGUUCAUCUCAGUGGUUGCUUGUAUGGAUCUGUUGACUUCAAUAUCAGAGUUUUCUAUGCUUA